CCAGGACAUCUAUUAACAUAACAUAUUAAACAACCUGUUAUAACACAAACUAAGGAUUUCUAAGCGUUCAUGCUUCUUCUUUGCUGUAAUACUCCGCGCAAAAAAAAAUGUGAAUAAAUAUGGCGGAAGGCUUUAUUCACGGCUGUAAAGGCAGAUUGACACUGGCUACAACCGCGAUUAAAAUCGCAACUGUAACACUGUUCAUAGUGCUAAUUGUACAUACCGUUGGAUUUGCUUUACCAUACUGGUUAAAAGUUGUUUCCAUUCGGUCUAAUAUAGUAAAUUCUUCUAUUGAUAUUGAGAGUACAGAAUUCCUGGGAUUAUGGAAAGAUUGUUUAUGCGGUAAUAUCACGGGCAUGAGUGAAUGUAACUGUUUUACAAAAGACGCGUUUGCAGGUUCGUUAAGGACUACGCAGAUACUUGAAACUGUCGGGAUUGUUGGACUUGCCACCAGCGGAAUACUUUCCAUAAUUCUUGUUUGUUUACGACAACGUGACAAAAUUCUUAAAGUGAUUAACAUCAUGGUUUCUUUAUGUUCAGGCGUGUGUAUCAUGGUGGGUGUGGUUAUCUUCGAGCGGGAGACGUUUGAUCGUGUAACUUUACAAACCUCAUCUUCCGAACAACGUUCUAGUUUAACCACUUCUUUCAUACUCUGUACCAUUGCUGCUGGACUUUGUAUAUUUUGUGUUCCCCUCCUUGUUAUAGACCUCUUUAAUCGUGGUCGCCCAGAACGGCACGAGCUGCAGCUAAUUCACGUGGAAAACAAGGGUCAAGAGCAAUUUAUCACUAGACAAAAGCAACCGCAACUCCCACCGACGAACAUCAUACAAGAAGAUGAUAUGUUGCCUUAGUGAUUUUGAACUGGAAAACAAAAACACAGUGAUAUAUUUUACACGUCGUACUGGAACACCGAUGCCGUAACGGUUAAGCUUUCGACUGCUACAUCGAGAAAAUUGAUAUGAUAGAUUUUCGAGAAAAUUGAUAUUAUACUGGAUGAGUGUAAUAUGCCACCCAAUUGAUUUUAAUCUUUGAUAUGCUUGCACUUUUUAAUCUUUGAUAUGCUUGCCUCUAAGGAAAAACCACAUACUCGUGUCGAUUCAGUUUAGAUCUUUACAUUGAGAAAUAGAAGUUUUAGCUAUCAAUUUUAAAAUGUUCUUUUUGAAAUUUUGACUGCCGAUUUUCAAAGAUUUUUUGUUCAUGUUUUGUGAAUUAUUGACUAACGUUAUUUCUACGAAAAACAACAACAACAAAAAAAAAACACGUUAUUUUUCCACUACAAAGAACACACUAGGUAACCGGAUAUGUUCGGCGCAGGAUGCUAAGUUCGGCGCAGGAUCGAUACAUUGAUUUGAUACCUUUACUUUAGAGGGGUUAGUAUUCUCCUCAUUUCGGUCUAUAAAAACAAAUAACCAGUAAAAUCACCUCACUAGCCUUAUCAAGUAAUAAAUGAAGUUUCCAAAGCCUAUUUAAAAUCCUGAGAAGAUGCAAUUUUAAGAGAAUCAACGGCGAUGUUAAAUGUUAAACUUUACGCCAAUUUCGAAAAAUAUAUAGUUUAUAACCACAUUUCUGUAAAACUAUUACUAAACAAAGCCAAUAUCUUUAUGGAGUAUAUCUAUCAAUCUUUCCCCUGUCAUCCUUCCAAAUGAUACUGUCUAAAUCGGUGUUUUAUAGGAGAUUUUCGUAGUUGGUGGGGAACAAUAAAACAAACAAUUCUAAUAUGGAUCUCUGUCAACUGGUUCCUUUUGUUCCAUAAAAAAUCUCUAACAAAAUAUACUGAAAAUGAUAAAAUGUUGCUCAAAAGUGAUUGAAACCUUUAACGGAUGACUACCAAAAUCUUAAAUCUGUCUCAAUUUGUAAAAAGCGUGAUCGUAAUAGUAUUAUGUUUAUGUUCUCAUAAAAAUGAAAACUAAUGCAGAUUUCAGAUUUCAAUAUCAUUUUGCAAGAAUAUUCCUAGAAGUAACCUCUCCUCUGUUGCUAUUCACAAGGGCAACGACUGCCAUGGACUUUUCUCAUCUUCUCAACAAUGAAAUUGCUAGUUCGGUUUCAGAAAGUUUAUGUUCCCCAUGAUACCUAUCUCAGCUGUGAAACUUUGGUGAGCGAUCUUGGGCCACCAUGACUCAAAUGAUUAGUUAUUCUUUAUUCGGCGAACGCCGUCUAAGAACGAAUUCGUUACCUAUGCCACGUGACUUCAGUUUGCAAAU